GCCCUGGUUGGAUUUCAUUAAACGAGCAGCUUCUCAAAGCUCGCGGUGCAGUGACGGCAGAGCGCGGGGGUCUCGCGAGACCACCACCGGAAGUGGGUGGUGGCGAGGACGCGGCGGUUCACUUCUCCGGAAGGCGAGCGAGUGUCCCGAGCUGCUGCAGCCGUCCGCCCAGUCGCUUUCGGAGAAAGCCAGCCCCGCCACGGCCUUCCCAGCCCGGAGUUCGCGCUCCCAGCUUGCCCGACCGCUCGGCUGCGCAGACCGAGGCCCAACCCGCGGAACUCCCGGCGCCUGACCACUCGCUCGGCGCUGCAGCUAGGCCGCGCCCUCAGGCCCAGUCCGCGGCGGCCCCGGCAGGUGAUGCCAAACACAGCCAUGAAGAAAAAGGUGCUGCUGAUGGGAGGGUCGGGGAAGACCAGCAUGAGGUCGAUUAUCUUUGCAAAUUACAUCGCUCGCGACACCCGGCGCCUGGGGGCCACCAUUGAUGUGGAGCAUUCCCAUGUCCGAUUCCUGGGGAACCUGGUGCUGAACCUGUGGGACUGUGGCGGCCAGGACACCUUCAUGGAAAAUUAUUUCACCAGCCAGCGAGACAACAUCUUCCGGAAUGUCGAGGUUUUGAUUUACGUAUUUGACGUGGAGAGCCGCGAACUGGAGAAGGACAUGCAUUAUUACCAGUCCUGUCUGGAGGCCAUCCUCCAGAACUCUCCUGACGCCAAAAUCUUCUGCCUGGUACACAAAAUGGAUCUGGUUCAGGAGGAUCAGCGUGACCUGAUUUUUAAAGAGCGAGAGGAAGACCUGAGGCGUUUGUCUCGCCCCCUGGAGUGCGCUUGUUUCCGAACGUCCAUCUGGGAUGAAACGCUCUACAAAGCCUGGUCCAGUAUCGUCUAUCAGCUGAUUCCCAACGUUCAGCAGCUAGAGAUGAACCUCAGGAAUUUUGCCCAGAUUAUCGAGGCCGAUGAAGUUCUGCUGUUCGAGAGAGCUACGUUUUUGGUUAUUUCCCAUUACCAGUGCAAAGAGCAGCGUGAUGUCCACCGCUUUGAGAAGAUCAGCAACAUCAUUAAGCAGUUCAAGCUGAGCUGCAGUAAAUUGGCCGCUUCUUUCCAGAGCAUGGAAGUUAGGAAUUCUAACUUCGCUGCUUUCAUCGACAUCUUCACAUCAAACACGUACGUGAUGGUUGUUAUGUCGGAUCCCUCGAUUCCUUCUGCAGCUACUCUGAUCAACAUUCGCAAUGCCAGGAAACAUUUUGAGAAGCUGGAGAGAGUGGAUGGCCCCAAGCACAGUCUCCUUAUGCGUUGAAUAUUGCCAAAUGCUAUUUCUGAAAAUGCUGAAUUGCCUUUUUCCCUUGCACCCUUUAUUUUUAAAAUUCAUGAUGUCAUGUGUGUAAAAGUGAGCUUUGAGAUGUGUGCUGCUUACUACCCCAUCUUUCCCUUACCCACUCCCUAGUCUUAAAAUAUUGGACGCUAUUUACUCAGCUAUCCAGUAGAGAGCUUCAAGAUGGCCUUUCUGUAAAGUUGAUAAUGGUGUAACACUAGAUGGUUUGUGUGUGUUCUGAUUGCCUGGUUAUAAUAGAUAUGCACAAAAAGGCUUUACCAG